AUGGGCACCCAAAAACAUUUCCUACAUGUUCGCCAGCUAAUCAACAAAGUAGUUCAUCGUAUCGUCCACCCUCGACGACGUAAAAGACCGCCAGACCUCCCUUACUCUUCACCAGAGCGCUACUUUUUCCCACAGUCCGGAAAGAACUUCGGCACCCGCGACCAAAAUAUGGGUGACCAGGAGGUGGACCUUAGCACUAUUCCGUUGCUAGACCGCUUCGAAUCCAAGAAUUGGAAAUAUCGAAAGUCAGGAUACGAAGACGCCGCGAAACAGUUCUCAGUAUCGGCCGACGAAUCCGACCCAUGUUUUCGCCCAUUCUUGAGCAACCCUGGGCUUUGGAAAGCCGCCGUCCUCGACUCCAAUGUCGCCGCACAGCAAGAAGGUGUAACCGCCUUGUGCUCAUUCCUUAAAUAUGGUGGGAGUGAAUGCGCGCUGCGAACAAGGGGGCAGGCCGUCACACCGAUAGUCGAAAAAUGCUUGUCUUCCUCGAAAGCCGCCACGAAACAAAAUGCGAUCGAGGCCUUGCUACUAUUUAUCGAGCUGGAUGUCGCCGACCCAGUCAUCGAGGAGAUGCUUCCCGGCCUGAACAACAAAGUUCCGAAAAAUGUGGCUGCGACAUUGAAUGCUCUCACACAAAUAUAUCACAACUAUGGAUGCAAAGUAGUGGACCCGAAGCCUGUUCUCAAGUGCCUGCCCAAGGCUUUUGGUGCCGCAGACAAAAAUGUACGCGCUGAAGCAUCUAAUUUAACCAUCGAGUUGUAUCGCUGGUUAAGGGAGGCCAUUAAGCCUGUGUUCUGGUCAAAUCUGAAGCCAACCCAGCAAACAGACUUGGAAGCCCAGUUUGAGAAGAUUAAGAACGACCCGCCGCCAAAACAAGAAAGAUUACUUCGUUCGCAGCAGGCGGCUGUGGAUGCCGGCGCUGGAGUGGAGGAGGAGGAUGGCGCAGAGGAUGGCGAGGAUGCUGCUGAGGUGGACGCCUUCGACUUGGCAGAGCCUCAAGACGUCACAAAGAACAUCCCCUCCAAUUUUCACGAAGGCUUGGCAUCCUCGAAAUGGAAAGACCGAAAGGAGGCCGUCGAAGGCCUCUACAAUGCUCUAAAUGUACCUCGUAUUAAGGACAGCGAUUUCUCAGAGAUUAAUCGCGGUCUCGCGAAAUGCAUGAAAGAUGCUAACGUGGCGGUGGUGACGCAGGCUGCGCAGUGCAUUGAGGCGUUGGCUAAAGGUCUUCGACAGGGCUAUGGGAAGUACCGAUCAAUUGUGAUGCAACCCAUCAUGGACCGACUGAAGGAGAAAAAAGUGACCGUUUCCGAUGCGCUUGGUGCCGCCCUCGACGCUGUCUUCACAUCAACGAAUAUGACGGAAUGUCUCGAGGAUAUCACAGCAUAUUUGAGCAAUAAAAACCCACAGGUGAAAGAAGGUACAAUGAAGUUUCUCAUCCGAUGCUUGCGGACAACAAGAGAUGUACCUAGCAAACCCGAAAUCACUUCCAUCUGUGAAUCCGGCAAGAAGCUUUUGUCAGAAUCAAGCCCGGCUCUCAGAGAUGGCGGAGCGGAAAUAUUGGGAACUGUGAUGAAAAUCAUUGGGGAAAGAGGAAUGAAUCCCCAUAUCGACGGACUCGACGACAUCCGAAAGACCAAGGUAAAGGAGUUCUUCGAGACUGCGGAGGUGAAGGCCAAAGAGAAGCCAAAGCCAGCUCCUAAGCCAGCUCCUGCGGCUGCCCCAAAGAAAAUACUCGGUGGCAAAAAGCCGGUUGCGAAGAAGGCUGCACCGGCGUCUGCACCGGCCGCGGAGGCGGCACCUCAAGCAGCACCCAAACCUGCGAGCAAAUUGGGAGGACCAAAAUCUGGGCUUGCAGGGCUCAAGGCACCUCAGAAACGGACGCUUGCCGCUCCUGGGUCAGCAUCACCUCGACGCCCACCGACAGGCCCCCCUGCUAUGCCAGACGAGGAUGAUGCGCCUCCCCCACAGCCACGAGCUGGCUUGCGAGGUCUGGCAGGACGGUCACUUGCUAAGCCGGCGGCAUCGAUGCCUCAGAUGCCUCCUGACUCACCUCCACCUGCCAGUGGAUUCACAGCUGUAGAGCGUGCUGAAUUGGAGGAGUUGCGGGCUGCCAAUGAGCGGUUGACCCGGCAAGUGGACGACAUGAGACAGGAGAGGAAUAAGUUUAUGACCGAGAUUCAAGAGCUUAAGAACCAGAACGCCGGCCUUAUCGAAGAUCAUACGCGUGAUGUUCUCAGCAUCAAGGCCAAGGAGACGCAGCUUGUGCGAGCUAGAAGUGAUGCCGAGGCACACGAGCAGGCCAAUGAUAGAUUAAAGCGUGAGCUUGAUCGCUUAAAGAGAGCUCUCGCCCGUGCCGAGGGUCUUGGUUCGGCAAGUCCAGGUCUUGGGUCCCCAACUCAUGAUGAUGCUGGAAUCUACCGCGACUCGGGUUCUGCCUCCGGUGGUCGGAACAGGAUGAGUUUUACCAGCACACUUUCGGAGGAGAAAGAGAACGGAGAGACGGCUUAUCCCCGAAGUAAGAUCAGCCCUGAAUUCAGAUACGCAGGGAGCACAACCUCGUCUGGCCGGGGUUCUCCAGCUAGAAGCUUCAGAGCUCCCGCAUCAUACCGUGAUAACGACAGCGACGCUGGUGGCGUGGGCAUUGGCAUUACUAGGGAACGUCCAACAUCCUCGCUUCCAACACCAUCAGGAGCUAAUGGGGCUGAGAGUUGGAAGCGAGCGGCGGAGGUAACAAGCCAGCUCAAGGCUAGAAUCGAGUUAAUGAAGGCCAAACAAGGCUUCGCUCGACCUUAA